AUUUAACUUCGUUCUUUGAACUGAAUAAAUUCUUAUCAGCUUGAAACAUGUUUUCCCAAAAUAUGUUAAUCCGCGAUGGUGAAUAUACGAAAACUAUCUACACAAUGAUAAAGGAGGAACGAUUUAUUGAAGCUAUCAAUGUGCUCAAUGGUAUACCAGAGGUAGUUGCAACUCGAGCCGGAUUGUCCUUGCUAGCCCAUUGUUACUAUCAAACACAGGAUUUUAUCGAGGCUUCAAAUUGUUACGAGCACCUUGUGCAAUUAGUUCCCGAUGUUCUGGAGUACAAACUGUAUUACGCACAGUGCCUGUUCCAAGCAGGACUAUUCGAGGAAUCGCAGAAGGUCAUCAGUACUAUGGAUGCCCCACAUCUCAAGGACAAGGUGCUGCAACUUCAGUCGGCUAUAGCAUAUGGCAACGAAGAUUAUUCGUCAGCCCAGUCGCUGCUUUUGCAGCGUCAGGGAAACGGUGCGGAAGCGCCGGUGAAAAAUGAUGAAGGUUGUUUGCUGUAUCAGGCCAAUAUGUAUGAAGAUGCCUUGCAACGAUACGUUGCAGCAUUGCAAGCAGGGGGAUUCAAUCCACAUAUUGCUUACAACGCAGCUUUGUGUCACUACCGGAAGAAGGAAAACUCGCAAGCAUUAAACUAUAUAGCGGAAAUAGUAGAGCGUGGUAUUCGUAACCAUCCCGAGCUUGGAGUGGGGGCUCAGGCAGAAACAGAAGGUGGCGCGCGAAGCGUUGGGAAUCCUCCGGCGCUUGCAGCAUCGGGAUUAGCACAGGCAUUUAAUCUAAAGGCAGCCAUCGAGUAUCAAGAAGGGAACGCUAACGGUGCACGAGAGGCCCUAACGGAUCUGCCUCCACGGUCGGAACCUGAACUGGACCCGGUAACGCUGCACAAUAUGGCGCUUACGGACCCCGUUGGAGGCGGAUCUGGACUUCGUCGUUUGGCGUUUUUACUGGAGCUGGGUCCGCCAACCUGCCCACCAGAAACGUUUGCUAAUUUACUUCUGCAGUGCUGCAAGCACGAAAUGUACGAUACGGCCGCCGACAUUCUUGCAGAACAUACUCAUCUAACCUAUAAAUAUUUGUCGCCAUACUUGUACGACCUCUUGGAUGCGUUAAUAACGGCUCAAUCUACGCCAGAAGAAGCCGAGCAGAAGUUAGGUGUUUUGGCUAACAGUAUCGGAGGUAGACUACGUUCACUAGCCGCCAAAGUUCAGGAGUGUCGAUCGGCUCCUGAUCAAAACGCGUUACGAAUGGCGCUUCGAGAAUAUGAAUCAGCUUUGGAAAGUUACCUUCCCGUUGCGAUGGCCCGGGCUUGGAUUCCUUGGCGCGUAGAUGAUUUUCAAGGAGCCGAAAGAGAAUUUCGCUCUAGCGCAGAGUUCUGCUCGGAAACUCCAACAUGGCGUUUACACGCAGCCCACGUUCUUUUCAUGCGAGGCGAUCGCUACAAGGAAGCAGCAGCCUUCUAUGAACCCAUCGUUCGACAGAACUAUGAUGAUAUCUUAGCUGUUCCGGCUUCAGUUUUGGCAAAUCUUUGCGUAGCCUACAUCAUGACGUCACAAAACGAAGAAGCGGAAGAGUUAAUGCGAAAGGUAGAACGAGCCGAAGAACGCAAGGGCAACGCCAAUGGCCAGUGCUUACACCUGUGUAUCGUGAAUCUGGUCAUCGGAACGCUGUAUUGCGCUAAGGGUAAUUAUGAAUUCGGAUUGUCAAGAAUUGCCCAUGCCCUAGAUGGUGGAUCAGGAGCCAGGUUGUGUGCUGAUACCUGGCUCCACGUGAAACGAUGCGUACUUGGUCUACUUACCGGUAUGUCGAAACAAACGAUCGUACUCCCAUCGAUUGCACUGCAGGAAACUGUAAGUUUUUUGCAAACAUGCGAAGCUUACGGUUUGACGAUCCCAUCAGUUUUGACAGGGCCCCUGGAUGAUUCCGGCGAACAACCGCCUACCAUUGGACUGGAGGCAAGAAAAUUGCGUGCCCUACUGCUGAGGUUGAUGGAAUACAAAUAAAAACGGCAUUGAUUGUGGUAUCUAUAUUUAUUGCUUUAAAUAAUGCUAACGUAGAGUUGUUUGACA